CAGAGAAAGACACACACGGUGAUCCAACAGGUUCCUAGCCGCCACACAUUCUCAGCAAGCCAAUAUGAAAGCCGUGUUCGCCGUGAUGAUGCUGGGCGCGGCAGCCGCCGCCUUUGCUACUGCAGUGCCCACCAAUCCCAGUAGCGGCCAGAAGCGCCACCAAGACCAGCCUAACGAGAGACGCGAUGUCGGAGUGGGGGAUGUGAACUUCGGCGGUGAGAGCUUCAACCCCAAGGUCAAUGUAAAUAACAAGCACUAUCCUUCACCAGGUGCAUCCAGCGACUCUGGAGUGGGUAGGGUGAACUUCGGCGUUGGCAGCUUCAACCCCAACGUCAAUGUAAACAACACUGCCUACCCCCCUGUUCACGUACCCAUCGGAACCUACCACCCUCUGCCCUGUAACAAGCAGCGAACUCCCGUCUGUCAAUAAACUCAGCUAUAUCUAAUGCCGUGACGUCGACCCCUGUGCUGUUAUUCCCUCUGCUCACAGUAGUAAGUUCACGUAUCCUUUUAUAAUAUGUUCUGAAUUUACCUAUCUGCAGGCAUGUAUGUACUUUGUGUGAAUAAAAUUGUGUCUGUGCCU